AUGGUCGGAUUGGAUGCCAUGGCUCGACUAUUGUACUUGAGUCGAUCCCUGCCGGCCUGUCGCGACCACGGCGAGACUGCUCUGUCAUUGCUGCUCCCGAAACGGUCUGCUCUAAUGGCAUUGUGCAGCAUUUUGUUGUAUGCAAGUAGUUUUCUACUGAGUACAUCGCCGACCCAAUUCGUCGAGUUGAUACAUCUUCUUUACCAUAGACUUGGUAAACAUGUUAUCUGCAGCUUGACGUACUUUUCUGACACUGGUUCUGCUGCCGAUACACGCAAGACCUCGUGCUUUCUCGAAGCAAGUACAGUGCUAUUGAACAAGUAUGUGCAAAAGGCAAGCAUUUGGGACGAAGAAAAACUUACGAAGAAAUCGGAUAAGGAGAGUAAUGAAGAAGCUGAUAAGGAAGAGGGCGUGAAAGAAGGGAAGUACCUCUUCCAGAUGGAGGCUUGUCAAUGCUAUUGCUGUUAUACGACGUGCAAAUUCUGCCCGGAUGCCAAGAUCACAAAUGAGGGUCCACCUUUGCUUCACUCCAAGAUGAAGCGUACUUGGUUGGCAUUAAGAGGUCUGCUGCAGAAGACAACUGCAUUGCCGUUGCCAUUUGAUGCUAAUGACACGACGACAGAAUUACCAGAUAAAAUUUGCGUGGGUCAUUCGUGGUAUUUGAUAUAUGCAAACUUCAGUCUUGGGCGAGCAAAACGGCGAGGAAACCUGGCGGAGCUAAUGGAAUUGGAGCAGCAUAUUCGAAAGCGAGUGCAGUUUUUGAUGAAAGAUGUCUUGUACUAUCAUCCAGAUCGAGUUGACUCCUGGGUGUGCUUGGGAAAGACGAUGAAGGAAUUAUAUCACGCAGCUACAGAUGCGUUUGCUGCUGUGCUCGGACGGAAGCUCAGAGUUCGAGCAUUCCAGUGA